CACACAUUGUUGAAUAAGAGACUAAGGAGACCCACACCAAAUCGGAUAGGAAGUCAUUUUGCCAAUUAAUAAUGUUUUAAUUGUAUACUAGGAAGGGUUGAUUAAGAAAUCCUAGUUGGCCUGCAUUCUUUUACCGUAUCUAUAGUUGCACUGCUCGUUGGCAAUCAUCAGUCCGUGGUUUGCGAUAACGUCCGCCACCGAUAAGAGAUUUAUGUUGACACAGAUGGCAGAUGUGACUGUCUUGUUACAUUCUUGGCGAGUUCAUUGGUAAGUUGAGAAAUAUAACGAUUUGAAGGGAUAUUAUUAAAUGUUAAAUGUACGUUUGAUCUUGCUGCUGUUGGGAUCAGUGUGGGUCUCAACAGAAAGAUUUGAAUCCCGAAUAAUUGGUGGUUCUAAUGCAAAACCUGGGGAUUAUCCAUUUGUGGCACAAAUACAAAUCAAUGGCCAACAUUGGUGUGGUGGAUUCAUAUACAACAGUGAAUGGAUCGUAACGACAGCCGCCUGUGUCAUUGGAUACCGCCACCAACCGGCCGCCCUACUUGUUGUUGUUGGACAAAUUGAUCCCGAUGCUACAGAUCCGUUGGAACAAAGCAUUUCGGUUUCUGCCGUACAUAUUCACAAUGAUUAUGACCAAUAUACUCGUUAUAAUGACAUUGCCAUGUUACAGCUGUCAAAAGACGCAAUAUUAGGUAAUUAUGUGAAUGCUGUUACCUAUGGAAAUCUUGACUCAAGUAUAAAUGAGGCGAUUGGCAUUGGCUGGGUUGAUGGAUCGACAGGCGAACUAGGAAAUCUUAAACAGACAACUAUUCCAAUUCGAUCAAACGAUUCAUGCUCCGUGGUUUACGAUCUGCAGUGGGAUCCCGACCGUAUGAUCUGUGCAGGGAAUGUGACCAACGAUGCUUGCAAUCAAGGGGACGCUGGGACACCGUUGGUACAAGGGACGAGUUUAGAAGGCUAUCGUGUCGUUGGACUAGUGUCACAUACUAUUCGGUGUGGUGACCCACUUUAUCCAACUGCUUACACUCGACUGUCGACAUAUUCCCCAUGGAUGGAAGACAAAGGAGGAUCUCAACUCAUCACAACAUCAGAUCCGAUACCAGAGGGUACUACAACCGAAUAUGUUCCUAUUACUACAUCCCAAUCUGUUCCACCGGAUGUCCACCAGUGUACUCCAGCCAGCAAUGUCGCCCAAUUUCCAUUCAUCGUUUCUAUUUUGAGCAGCACCACGUUAGAUCACCUUUGCGCUGGUUUCAUCUACAAUGACAAAUUUGUCGUCACAACAGCUUCGUGUGUCAUUCGGAAAACUGGAGCGAUGCUUAACAUCACUGUCGGACAAUUCCGAUUCGAUAGACCAGAAACAGCCGAAAAAACUUAUCCUGUCACUGCUGUCACCCUUCACCCGCAAUACCGAGAAUCAAAUCAAACUAAUAACAUAGCCAUUGUCGAGAUAUCAGGAAGUUUGACAUUCGGAGAAGCUGUUCAGCACAUUUACUAUGAUUCAGUUAGUUAUGGUAAUCCGUGCUCCGUGACUGGAUGGGCUUCAAAUGUGGAAAAUUGUGUACGAUCCUUAAGUCUUUUAUGGGAUGAUAGCGAAAUCAUCCAGGCCAACGCGGACUGUUCUCAAUCGCAGAUAUCAACCUUCGAUGCACCCACCAUGCUUUGCACCGCAAAGGUUAGUGGUGGUUGUGAAUUCGAGAGUGGAGCUCCGUUAAUUCAGGGAAAUCCUCCUGUUGUCGUGGGAAUCAAAUCUAUUUUUCAGGGAUGUUCCGCAUCGUCGCACGUUGUCUACACUCGCAUUUCCUAUUAUUUCAACUGGAUUUUCAGUGUAGCAGGAUAUCAGCCCUACUAGUCUCUUGCGUAAUAGCGGAAUUUCUGAGAUUUAAAUCCGCGGUUCAUUUUUGCACGCGUAUAUUUUAGUGUGUUUGCACCACGAAUUUAUAUGUAUCGUGCGAUGCCGAAAUUUUUAUGUAACUGCAUUACACCAUUUUAUAUUCACUGUAUUAUAGUUAGUAUUGUAUUUUGAUUUUAAUAAACACUAAAUUUAUUUGGGAA